ACCCGCUGCAGCGGCUGUUCCAGCCCUGUGCCCGGGGGUGGGGAGGCUUUUGUCCGGAUACGUGGUGGAACUUGAGGCGGUCCCACGCACCCACUCCGGGAUCAUCCCAGCCCAUCUCCCAAACUCAAAAAUGGCACCCUCCACUUCUGCCCAGCUCUUCUCGGCGCUUUUAAUCGUACUUUCCAACUCUGUGGUGAACUCUCAGUAUGAAAAAUACAGCUUCAGGAGUUUCCCCAGAAAUGAGCUGAUGCCCCUGGAGUCCGCGUACAAAUACGCGCUGGACCAGUACACCGGAGAGAAGUGGAAGGAGACGGUGGAGUACAUGGAGGUGUCUCUGCGGCUGUACCGGUUGCUCCGGGACAGCGAGGCCUUCUGCAACCUCAACUGCAGCUCCGUCCGGCUGGACGACGAGCAGAAGUUUGCGGAGUUUCCAGAGCUGCGGGCGUUUGGGAACGUCAUGAAGAGGGCGCAGUGCCUGAAGCGAUGCAAACAGGGGCUGCCCGCUUUCAGGCAGACCAUGCCCAGCCGGGACACCAUAGAUGAGUUUGAGAAGAGAGAGCCAUACAGAUACCUACAGUUCGCCUACUUCAAAUCCAACAAUGUGGCCAAGGCGGUGUCUGCUGCCCACACCUUCCUGCUGAAACACCCAGAUGAUGAGAUGAUGCAGAGGAACAUGGCCUACUACAAGAGUCUGCCCGGAGCUGAUGAACACCUCAAAGACCUGGAGACUAAAUCCUAUGAGACGCUGUUUGUGCGUGCAGUGCGGGCGUAUAAUGGAGAAAACUUCCGUACCUCGGUGUCAGACAUGGAGCUGGCUCUGCGGGACUUCUUCAAGGUCUACGACGAGUGUUUGGCAGCAUCCGAGGGCCCCAGAGACGUCAAAGACUUUAAAGACUUCUACCCCUCGAUAGCUGAUCACUAUAUAGAGGUCCUCAACAGGAAAGUGAGCUGUGAAAGUGACCUGACGCCUGUCGUAGGAGGUUUCGUCGUCGAGAAGUUUGUGGCCACCAUGUACCACUACCUGCAGUUUGCCUAUUACAAAUUGAAGGACCUGAAGAACGCAGUACCAUGUGCAGCCAGCUACGUGCUCUUUGACCCCAAUGAUGAAGUCAUGAACAAUAACGUGGCCUACUACAAGUUUCACAAAAAGCAGUGGGAUCUGACAGAAGAGGACUUCCUCCCCAGAUCAGAGGCACUGCGGUACUACAAUCAGACCACCAUGCAGCUACAGAUGUUGGAGUUCGCCAGACAGCGCCUUGUGAGCGACGAUGAGGGAGAGGUGAUGGAGUUUAUAGAUGAGUUCCUGGACGACGAUGAUAUGCCCAGAUUGGAGUCUCCGCCGAAAGACUGAAACAAAACAACAACCCCCAGUUUGUAUUUAUUGGGAUUUGCAAAAGAUUGGUCACUGUGUUGUUACCUGCAGAUCCACACCCUGAAUAUGUUUUAAUUUCCUAUUUCGUGCAUUGAACAUCCUGCUCAGUGGUAUGGACAUACAGCACGGUGGUCUAAAUGAUUAAGAAACAAUGAUGAUAAUAGAGAUAGAAAUAUUUUUACUCACUGCUUAAAGGAUCCGUUCCUCCACUGUGAAUCAUGUAUACUGUCAGAUACUGUCAUUUUUUACAAUGAAAGGAGAAUAAAACUUGCCUAACAUCGGCAAAUAAUCA